GUGUGUUCACGACCUGGCCUAAGUAUGCCUGUUAGUGGACUGAGAAAACGAGGUACCGUCGACGACAACUUACUCGACACCACCAGGGUGGAGGGCGGUCUUGUUGACUGAGUGAGAAACCAUUCUGGGAGUGAAUGCCCGCAGGUUGGUUUUGGCUAGGUUCGAACGAGCUGUACCGGAACCAGGAGAGGAUGAUUGAGGGCGGAUGGAGUGGAGAGCUUGAAGUCGAGUAGAAUAUUCGGAAGCCAUGAAGACGGGACUGAGGCCUGUUACUUGUAUCUUUCUGGCGCUGGGGCUAAGCCGCUUCUCAGGGACGCUUCCGAAAGACCAACGGGACAGAUCGGAGGACGACAGUGGUGUUUCGCGGGCACGGCUCGUCCGACUCUUUCCGGGGAGUGUUGAUUGGAGGAAAUCCAACUGCCGUGGAUAUACUCCGUCAAACGCUCUGGCAAUUGGAGAAUCUGAAUUGCGGAGCAGGCGAAAAAUGGUCGCGAUGAUAUUCCUUCAACUUAUUAUCGUGCUUGGUUUGAAAAAUAUGAAAAGACUUAGAGAAGUGGUGAAAAGUGACGAAAAGGUAAGACAGCUACGACACAAGACAAGGUGGGAGAAGCAAGGACGAGGAACAUCGACGGUCACCCAAUGCUGCAGCAUCCCCCGCUUCUCGUCGCCAUUUGCCCUCUUUGGCAUUCCUCUUACGAAGACACGAUGGAGCCACAAGUCAUGCUGCAUCUGUUACUGUGUUUACCCCAAGUACCCGUACAACGCCACUAGAUUCCGCGCUUCGGAAGGUCAAACACAAAGACCAUAUGCAUUUCUCAUUUCCGCAAUACCCACUGCUGCUUCUGCCGAACGUCCAGCAGAGGCCACGCAAACAAACAGGCUAUGUGGCACUGUGAACGGAUGAUUUUUCAUUUUGGACCGUGAUAAGGUCAAACGGAGAAUUGCCAAAAUAACGCAGUCCUCAUCACUCCACAAAUGUCAUUGCUGGGUGGGAAAAAGCGGGGGAUCGCUAAAGGUGACCAGAUCAUCAUUCCAACUCUGAUCUCAACAGCAAACAGCCCUACGUGUUC